GUUUUGAAUUCGAAUGAUUCAACGGCAUGACAACCCUAGAUGAUUCACGUGAAGCGCAAUAUACAUAAGAUUAAGACUAUCUUCAAACACACCCAAGCGUACGAGUGAGUAUAUCGCAAAUGAAUCUCCAUUAUGCAAAAGGAUUUGAUACAAUAUCACAUUAUCAAAACAUCCUACUGCGCCACAAAGAUCACCAAGUAUCAUCCAAGGUCAUUGGUUACCCCUGCAGCAUCCCCGGGGAAUGUCAACCCCCAAUGUUGGUUCCUGCCGCAGAAGCCGUCGAGCUGGGAAUGAGGCAUUUCUGUCCAACAUGAGGGAUUUUAGCCUGCUCGAAUCCGAGGGCGAGGAUAAGAAAUUUUAUCAUCUGUACUCCUUGACAAGCUUAUGGCUUGAAGCCUGCUCGAGAAGUAAUCUAAAUCCAGUGAUAAAUAUCACAUUGUCAGAGUUUUCAAAUGAAUAAAUUUCAGAUGUCAGUGAUAUCACCAGUGGAGCUGUUAAUCGCAAAGAUAUCUACCCUUAACAACCCCUGGAAUUGUUCUUUUCUACCCUUGAAUAAAAGGGAUUGACCAAUGGAUUCCAUUAUUUCCAAUAUCUGAGGUGGGAUAAGGCUGAGAAGUAGGAGAAGAGAGAAGAUAAUACUGCUAUAUCUAUCUACAUCCUCUAAAAGUGAAUUGAAUCCCCAUUGCUACCUAUUGAAGGAGAGUGUCUUCGCUGCGGUUCUCACUUGUGCUAUUGUGUCUCGUACAGUCACCUUUUUGAGCAUUUGUCCGCAUCGCAUUCAAAGCCAGAGCCAGAGCCAGAGCCAGAGAAUAAACAUAAUUCUCGAGCACUAGUACUGAGAUGGCAGAUCCAGCCCAGCAAAUCCACUUCGGGGACGAAAUAAAGCCCAUGAGGUCAAAUAGAUCGAAUAGAUUAGCAUUUAGUGAUGUGUUGGCAGAAUCAAAAGUAUCGCAGGCGGCCACUAGUCACGACUUUGAGGAGAAGGCAUUAGAGAUUGCUAAUGAAGAUUUGAAUAAGAAGAAGAAACAAGUAUGUAGUUUGGAGAUUCGACUUCUGUCAUGGUCGUCCUAAUCCUUCUUUCGCGUCAUUCAGACUCUUUACCCUCCAUCCAACGAUCAAUUUUUCACGUUGCUUCGCUCAUUCAAAUUCUUCUAGACAUACACCGGAUGGAUGCUUAUGUGGCUAGCAUACCAAAGUGUUGGUGUCAUUUAUGGAGAUAUCGGUAGGACUUCAGUUCCAUUCUAAUGCAUCACAAUAACUCACCGUUUAUCUUACAGGUACAAGUCCCCUCUACGUCUACUCCUCCACCUUUACAAGCCACCCUUCAUACGAUGAUCUAGUGGGCGCACUUUCCAUAAUAAUAUGGACCCUCACUCUUAUGGUUUCCGUAAAAUAUGUCUUCAUCGUUUUGUCCGCAGAUGACGAUGGGGAAGGGGGCACAUUUGCGCUCUACAGUUUACUAGCUCGUUACGCACAUAUCGUCCAACUAGAUCCAAAGGUUUCAAAAAUGGUCAAGAUGGAACGGCAUGCCACUAAUGAUUUGAGGCCUUCGAAUAAUAAUAUCCGGACUUUCAUCGAGGGAUCCGCAGUUGCUAGGGUAGUUUUGAAAUUCUUGGGUGUCUUAGGUGUUAGUAUGGUUAUGUCGUAGGUGACCAAACAUGAACACAUAAGAGAUUCUAGGCUAACCAUACCUAACCAGUGAUGGGGUUUUAACUCCCGCACAAUCUGUACUCGGAGCGAUUCAAGGACUUGAAGUUGCGCAACCAGGCAUCAGUACCAGCACAAUUGUCGGUGCAACUUGCGCUAUCCUCAUUUUACUAUUUGCUAUCCAGCCAUUUGGAACGACAAAGAUCGCAACCACAUUUGCCCCAAUAGUCAUGAUUUGGCUACUAUUCAAUAUGUGCACCGGCAUCUACAACCUAGCUCAAUACGACCACACUGUCCUAAAAGCAUUCUCACCUUAUUUUGCAGGAGCAUACUUCAUGCGCAAUAAAGAAGAAGGAUGGCAAUCAUUAGGCGGACUCUUACUUGCUUUCACAGGAGUAGAGGCACUCUUUGCUGAUCUGGGAGCUUUCAGUAAAAGAGCCGUGCAAAUUUCUUGGCUGGGACUCACCUAUCCUUGUCUAUUAUUGGCAUACAUUGGACAAGCUGCGUAUAUUUCUCAAGACACCACAAAAACUGCUUAUACAAAUCCUUUCUUCAAUACUGUUCCUCCGGGGACAUUCUGUAAGUGACAAAGUUUUUGUUUUCGACUUUUGAAGGAGAUUAGCUAAUCAAAUACAGAUUUUGCUCUUGUAAUUGCAGUUCUAGCUGCUAUUGUUGCUUCACAAGCUAUGAUUACAGCUAGUUUUCAACUGCUGUCACAGGUUAUGCGGUUAUCCUAUUUUCCACAUAUCAAAACCGUUCAUACGUCGAAAAUAUUUCACGGGCAAGUUUAUAUGCCUUUCGCAAAUUGGCUGCUUAUGAUUGGUACUGUUAUAGUGACAGCAGUCUACAGUAACGUAUGUCUUCGCUUUUCUAUGCAAAUUCUCUCACAAUAGUUGAGCUAUUUUAUUGAUAUCAUCUAGACAACUCGCCUCGGAAAUGCAUAUGGUGUCUGUGUAAUCUUUGUAACUUUCAUAACAACCUGCAUGGUUUCACUCGUCGCCAUCAUAAUCUGGCGUAUCAACGUCCUCAUCGUCCUCAUCUUCUUCUUAGUCUUCGCCACACUUGACGGUGUCUAUCUCUCUUCGGCCUUAAUAAAAGUACCAACAGGCGCAUGGUUUACUUUACUCCUCGCCUUCAUCCUCUCAUGCAUAUUCGUCCUAUGGCGAUACGGCAAAGAACAACAAUGGACAUCCGAAGCCCAAGAUCGAAUUCCCCCUUCAGAUUUCAUAACAUCCGAUCCUCGAAUCCCAAACACCAGUUUCCUAACCCCAGCUUACGGUUCCUCACUCAUCACUACCGUUCCAAGCAUCGGUAUAUUCUUCGACAAAGUAGGCGACCAACUACCCAUCGUCUUCACCCAGUUCGUCCGCAAAUUCUGCGCCACGCCUGAAAUCAUUAUUUUUCUCCACAUGCGUCAGCUUUCCAUCCCACACGUUCCAGAUACAGAACGCUAUAUCAUUCAACGCACAUCCAUCCCAUCCUGUUACCGCAUCACAAUCCGCCACGGAUACACCGACGAUAUCAUCACACCCUCCAUCGGCUCAACGUUAAUCUCCCAACUAAUCCUCUUCAUAACCCGCGAUCCAUCCACCUUCACCGGUCUACAAAACCAUCUCGGAACAUCCGAAAACGAAAACCAUAACUCAAAUUCAGACUCAAAUUCAAACCCAAACUCAACCCCAACCAGCAUCCACCACACCCCCACCAUCCAAGCCGAACUCGACAAAAUCGAACACGCGGCUUCUAGUCAAAUCGUCUACGUUCUCGGAAAGGAACAGAUGAAAAUUGCACGCGGAGGUAAGAAUUUAAGGAAUUGGGCUCGGAGAGCUGUAUUAUGGGUAUUUUUGUGGAUAAGAGAAAACAGUAGGGGGAAGAUGGCGGAUUUGGAUUUACCGGUUGAGGGGUUGGUGGAGGUGGGGUUUGUGAAGGUGAUUUAAUUGGCGGUGUGUGGUGUUGCGUACUCGUAUAGUAAAUAAUAUAUAUUUGAUACUGACAAAGCGAAAUAAUAUUUA